AUGGCUGGAAAUGAGGAUGAUGAUACUAUUUUUAAUGAUUGGUACAUAAAUUUUUUAGAGAAGCGCAAGGAUAAUUUGCGUGGCCAAUAUGUCGCAACUGCAAAUGUCCAAACUGAAGCUACAAAGAAACUCGGUGAAUUGAUGGAUCAAAUGAAAGAUUGUGAUGCACAAUUAGCUAAGUGCACUGAAGUUGCUAAGAGGAAGAGCAAGGAAAAGAAGGUGAUCCCCGAAGGCAAGGGUAAAGAACCUGAUCCUGGAAGUAAUUAUGAUACUCCAAUUAAAAUUGAAUGCGAUUCUGAUGAAGAGGACGAGCCAGUGAGAAUGAUAAGAUAUGUGGGUGUUCAAGGUGAGCCGUCUAAAAUUAGGGAUCAAUGCGGUGGUGGUAAAUUGGCUUUUGAUGCGGAGGUUAAAGGAGGGGAGGCUGAUAUGGAUAUCAGCGACGAUGAGGACAUAGUGAAGCAUGUAAUUGAUUCAACGGUGGCGGCGUUUUCUGAAGCAGAGGAAGAGGAACCGAUUGCUGGGGUUCAGAGUGCUGAUGCAGUGCAGCAGGGGCUACAACAGCAGCAGGAAAGGGGGUCACAGGAGGAAGCAGAAGAGGAGAGCGAGGAGGAGCAAAGCGCAGAGGAAGAAGAUUCAUGGUAUAAUAAUGACUCAGAAGAGGAUAUUGGUUACCCAUACCAUUAUCACUCCCCUGAGGUUUCUCAUUCUAACAGCGAUGCUUAUGGCUUUAAUUCUGAUUGA